AUGAGUGGUCGUUUCCAAAAUAGCGAUGACCCGAAUCCUAGCAUUGACAUGUAUCCUGUUUUUUUGUGUGGUUCUGCCGACCUGAAUAACGAAAAGUCCAGAGCCGUGGUUAAGCAUUUGAUGGCUGAGUUGAACCUUCCGGUGUAUCAUUAUAUGAGGAUGAUUUCAAAUAAUACUGUCAAGGGACAUAACGGGCAAGGAAAUCUCGAUUUGGCGAUAGAAUGUCGUUCAACCGGAAGGAUUCCUGGAUUAAAAAAUGUUACUUCAUGGAAUGUACGCUUGAUAAGGAGAGAAAGGGUCCCUUCGGAACCGGUGGUCGUUGUAUAUAACGAUGAAAAUAUAGAAAAAACAUGGUUAGGAAAGUACUUGGUCAUAUCGUUUGGUUGUUGGAGGAGGCACAGAAACCCAGGGAGACCAGGAAUCGAGGGAAAUAAAACAUCGAGCAACAAAUCAGAUAAUUAG